CUACGACUUCUCCGGGUCCUUUUAGGGGAUGAAGAAAGAUGGCGGCGUCCAUGCUGUGCAGGAGGGCAGUGGUGUUGUGUAGGACUUUUAAGGGAGUUUCAUCUUCUAAAACUGCGAACUCUCAAUAUGGGCUUCUAUUGCAGACAGCGUCUUAUAACCCCAGACCCUUAAAAUUAAACCUCCAUGAGCCGUAUAUCCCAGAUAAAGACAAUGCGAAAACGCCGGACUGGCAGAAGACGGCCCGAUAUGACGGGAAACUGUACGGUCGCUACGGCUCAGCGUCAGGUGUCGACCCCGCGUCGCUGUGGCCGAGCCACGAGCAGCUGGACAAGAUCAUCGCAGAGGAGAACGAGUGGCACCCUCCGUUAGAGGUGUUGCUGAAGAACAUUGAGGCCAAGGAGAAGGAAGAAACCGAAAAACGGCUGGCGAAAGAGAGACUCAUAGCAGCAAACAUGGCCAAAAUGCCAAAGAUGAUAGCUGACUGGCGCAGAGAAAAGCGUGAAACCAAACAGAAGCAAAAGGAGGAGAAGGCUCGCCGAACAACGUUGCUGGCUCAGGCCAGAGAGCGUUUUGGCUACGCAGUGGACCCCCGCAGUCCCAAGUUCUUGGAAAUGGUUGCUGAGAUAGAAAAGGAAGAGAAGAAGAAGAAGAAACUAAUGAAACGCAGACUGAAAGAAGAGCACGCGGCAGCUCCUGUCACACCGCCUGCUGCCUCCUCAUAGUCUUGGACUGAGUCAUUUUAGGAAUAAAUAACUGUUGGGCCUUGGUCUAAUUGUGUUUAAUGAGACGGAAAGUGUACUGCAUAACACAGUUCAGUGGGACAGUUGUUUAAGAGUAUCUGAAGAACAGGUUGGUCUUUGUUUUGUGUCAGUACAGAUGCUGUCAGACAUCUGUAAUGACCUGGAUCAAAGAAAACCACUUCCAUGCUUUUUUUGCUCUGUAACAAAAAAAGAAGUUUAUCCAUUGUUGCUUGCCCUCUUUCUUUUGUAUAUUUAAUUUUUUUCAUGACCUAUGUAUUUAGCUGUCAUUGAAAUAAACAAAUCUGUCUAUUACAAGAUUACAAA